GGUGCCGUCCCCGCCCCCUUCGCGCGUACCGAUUGGCUGGGGCGGUGGAGAGGGGCGGGGCGUCACGUGCGGGCAGGGGUUAUAGCGCGGGGCGGGCGGCUAGGGCGGCUACUGGGGAACGAGAUGGAGCGAGUGGUGCUAGUGACCGGGGCCAGCGGCGGCGUGGGACUGGCGCUGUGCCAGCGGCUGCUGGAGGAGGAUGGCCGCAUCCAUCUCUGUAUCGCCUGCCGCAAUGACCAGAAGAGCGAAGCCACGCGAGACCUUAUCCUGGCCGCCCACCCUGCCGCUCAGGUCUCCACCGUGGAAGUGGACCUGGGUAACCUGGCGUCCGUCCUGCGUGUGGCCCAGGAGCUCCGCUGCAGGUUUCAGCGGCUGGACUUUGUCUACCUCAAUGCUGGGAUCAUGCCCAACCCACACGUGAACUUCAAGGCGCUCUGGCGCGGCCUCCUCACCGGGAAGCUGCUUCACAUGCUGACCACUGCAGAGGGCGUAAUGACCCAGACGGACAGGCUUAAUGGAGAUGGACUGCAGGAGGUGUUUGCUACCAACCUGUUUGGACACUUUAUCCUGGUUCGUCAGCUUGAGUCUCUACUCUGUGGUAACGAAAAGCCUUCGCGACUCAUCUGGACAUCUUCCAGCAAUGCCAGGGAAUCUGCCUUCAGCCUCUCUGACUAUCAGCAUGCCAAGGGGCAGGAAUCAUACAGUUCUUCUAAGUAUGCUACUGACCUGACGAGUGUGGUUUUGAACAGGAAAUUUAAUAACCAGGGUCUGUAUUCCAGUGUCGUUUGUCCUGGUCUCGUUAUGUCUAAUAUGACAUAUAGAAUUUUGCCGGUUUUCCUGUGGAAGCUGCUAAUGCCCAUUAUGUGGUUGAUCCGCUUUUUUGCCAAAACUUACACUCUGACACCGCAUAAUGGAGCAGAAGCUCAUGUGUGGCUGUUCAAACAGAAGCCAGAGAGCCUGGAUGCUCUUGUCAAGUACCACAGCUGUACUUCUGGACUGGGGAAGAGCUAUGUGGAGCCCAGAAAGAUGGAUGUGGAUGAAGAAACUGCUGAGAAAUUUUACCAAAAGCUGUUGGAACUGGAGAAGGAGACUCUAGAAAAAUACAGUGAUCUCCUAGAUUAAGUAAAGCCAGUCUCCGUGGGAUAACAGCCUCGUAUCAGUAACAUGGGCUUUCUUCAUUCUGGUGCUACUCACGAUGCCUGUGGUUCUACAGGCUUCAGACCCGAUCUUCCUUCUCAACAGAAGGUGAACAGUUCCUGAGUAUGGAAUUGUGAAAACUGAAGAGAAAUACUUAGUCUUUUUGGUAUGGGAUUUUUUUUUCUGGCAGAACAGUGGAGACCUGAAGUAGAUGGAGACUGUCUUAAUACAGGUGCAAAACAGUGUUUUGCAAAAGCAUGACUGGACUAUGUGUGGUUCAGGAACAGCCUCAAAAUGUGUGGUUUAAAUCUGGCUUAGUGCAGGAAAGGCAGCAGUCUGGGGUGCUGCCCUACACCUUGGCUCUACCAGUCUUUCUAGAUGGCUUGAAUAUAUAACCUGUGGCUGAUCCUGAAGUACUUGAAGGCUCAUCUUCAGAAGAGCUGCUGUUCAUUUGUACACCAAAGCUGGGGCCAGCUUUCCAGAUGUGCUCAACAAGAUUGAACUUGCCUGGAAGUCAGGCUCUGCACAGUGUCUGAAGCCAAGCUCCUGAAGAGCUGGCCUGAGCAGUGCAAUGUCUUUUUUUGUCCCAUCUAACCAGAUUGAAACUGUUGAUGUUAACCUGGGCUCAGGACUAGUCUACUCUAUAGCGAGAGUAAGAGGUUACCAUGUUGUUUUGUCUAUUUAACUCUCUUUUUAUAUGAAUUUCCUGUACCAAGUAUUCUUCCUGUUAUCUGUCUGGGGAACUUCACCAAGUACCUGGUGUACUUCAAAUGCUGCAAUGAAUAAAUGACUGGAACUGA